AAGGCUCCUUUUUGUUUCUUCUUAACCCCUCGCUCCUGUGUUCCUUGGGGAUGCUUCUGUGCCCGUGUGUCUGCUCUCCAGGCACUGUGGUGGAUGGGUGCUGGUGACAGCACCAUGGGACCGGUUAUCAUUCUCAUUUUGAUGUCUGUGCUGUACUCUGGUGCUGUCUCCCUGAGGAGUGAAGCUUAUUUCAAUGAGACUGCAGAGCUUCCAUGCCAAUUUUCAAACUCUCAAAACCUCAGCUUGAAUGAGCUGGUUAUAUUUUGGCAGGACCAGGAAAAGUUAGUCCUCUAUGAACAUUAUUUAGGGAAAGAAAAUUUUAAUAACGUGAAUUCCAAAUAUAAGCACCGCACAAGUUUUGACCACAACAACUGGACCCUACGACUUCACAGAGCUCAAAUCAAGGAUGAGGGUGUCUAUCAAUGUAUCAUCCAUCACAAAAGGCCCACAGGUCUCGUUUCUAUCCACCAGAAAGAUUCCGAGCUGUCACUAUUUGCUAACUUCACUCAACCUGAAAUAGUGCAGAUGUCUAAUAUAACAGGCAAGUUUGGCAUAAAUUUAACCUGCUCAUCUGGACAAGGUUAUCCAAAAGCUAUGACGAUGUAUUUUUUGGUAAAACUUGAAAAUUCAACUGAAUUGGAGUAUGAUUGCAACAUGCAGACGUCGCAAAAUAAUGGUACAGAGCUGUACAACGUCUCUAUCAGCAAAUAUUUUCCAUUCCCUGAUGGCAUGAGUAACAUGACCAUCUUCUGUGUCCUGAAAACUAAGGCAAUGAAGUCAGAGGAAAGGGAGCUUCGCUCCAAACCUUUCUGUAGAGUUCCUAAUCACCCUGUGCCUGUUACACACCAACCUUUCUGGAUUAUAAUUGCAUCCCUGAUCUCGGUGAUCUUCUCAGCUGGGGUGGUGUACUUUGCAUGGAAAAAGAAGAAGAAGCAACGGGCUGUCCUCACUAACAAAGAAAGCACCAAAACAGAGAAGGAAAAGAAUGAAGGGACUGGACAAAGAGAGAAAAUUCAAGUACCUGAAAGAAAUGAUAAAGAAGUACAAUGCACCUGAAAGCAAUGAUAAAGAAGUUGUUCGACCUUAGUUGCUAAAAAUGCUCCAUCAUUUUAAUUAAAGAAAAAAUUUCCUAUGUGUAUCCAUUUUUAUAUCAUUAAUCUUCACAAGUAUUUGAGCAAACUUUUGGGAUCCUCCCCAAAGCCAUGCGAAUGUUAUUUCUAGUAAUAGUGAGGACUUCGGGAAUCCCUAUAAGUGAAGGAAGCUCCCUAUGUCAGAUCUGUUCCCUGUGUUUGGGACAGACUUUAGUUCUCUACCUGCUUCUUUUAAUUUCACCAGAAACUCAUGAGCCAGCCCCACCUAAACGCUUCUUUGCCUGGGAAUAACGUUCAGAACUAACAUGUCCUGAGUCAGACCAGAUUCCUCUCUUAAAGUUUACACAAUAUGCUUUCAUAUGGGACUCAGUUCUUUGGGUAGGGGCUCUUAUGUGCCCUGAAUUCUAAGGUAGUGUACCAUUUCAUCUGAUGCACCUGGGACUGAACAGCUAUCUCUUUGUUUGAGGGAGGAAAAUAUGUUUUACAACUUUAUAGUGUUUAUAGUAAUAUUUGAAACUAUAAAUAAAUGUAUACUAAA